AUGUGCAUUGGAUGUUUUCCACUUGGAAAGGUCAGCAUAGGAGUAACAAUGGAAGGAUUAGAGAUAAUAAUUCUGUUAUCAAUUAUAGCUAUAAAAAUGUACAUUUGUCAACGAAAAGGAUUUAUUGAAAUAAUUGAUUAUAUUUUGAACUAUGAGAAAAACAUCAACGAACUUGAUACAGAAAUUUGUGAUUUAUACAAAAGUUAUGCUUUGUAUACAAAAAAAAUGUGUAUAUCUCUACUCUCGAUUUCAUCUAUGUGUGGUAUUAAUAUGACUAUCAGUACGCUUAUUCUCUACGCCCAACAGAUGCACAGCAAAGAUGAACUUGUCCGCGAAAAGGAUAAACCAUUACCGUACGCAAUGUGGCGACCAGUAAAUGAAAAAGACCAUUAUUUCAUUUGUUUUUGUCUAGACAUUAUAUCAAUAACUUUUGGGUGUAGCUUUAAUACAGUUACUCAGUUAAUAUUCUUUUCGAUUUUAACUUUUGUAGCUGGUCAAUUGGAGAUAUUACAAGCACAAUUUAGACGUUACGGAUCUUUAUGCGCGCAACGAGACACUUUCGAAAAAAAAUUCGAAAUAUUAAAGAAAUUAAUAGUGGAACAUCAGCAAAUCAUCGCGUAA